UGUCGUAAUGCGGCUACUACAGUUGGUACGGAAAAAUCGAGAAGAGUGGUCGAUCGAUUAUUGCCCAAAUAUAAUAUGAUAUAAAAAGUUUUGCCAAGGCGAAAAUCUAAUAUGACUAUUAUUCUUACGUUGGUCAAACUACCAAUUGAGUGAUAUUUCUUUAGGAAUAAAUUAAUUGGAUGAGCAAACAUGACCAUCCCAGCUGUGGGUAUUGACUUGGGAACGACGUAUUCCUGUGUGGGCGUAUUCCAACACAACAAAGUGGAAAUCAUAGCCAAUGAUCAAGGCAAUAGGACUACACCGUCGUAUGUGGCCUUCAACGAUACAGAGAGGUUGAUAGGGGACCCAGCUAAAAAUCAGGUGGCUAUGAACCCAAAAAAUACAGUAUUUGAUGCCAAAAGGUUAAUCGGACGUAAGUUCGACGAUCCAAAAGUUCAGCAAGAUAUAAAACAUUGGCCCUUUGAAGUAGUAUCAGAUGGUGGAAAGCCAAAGAUAAUUGUCGAAUACAAAGGACAGAAAAAAAGAUUUUCUCCAGAAGAAAUAUCUUCAAUGGUUUUGACAAAAAUGAAAGAAAUCGCUGAAACUUAUUUAGGGGGAACUGUCAAAGAUGCUGUAAUAACCGUACCGGCAUAUUUUAAUGAUUCUCAACGUCAAGCUACUAAGGAUGCUGGAGCUAUAGCUGCAUUAAAUGUUCUCAGAAUCAUCAAUGAGCCAACAGCCGCAGCGCUUGCCUAUGGACUGGACAAAGACCUGAAGGGAGACAAGAACGUAUUGAUCUUCGACCUCGGAGGUGGAACAUUUGAUGUUUCAAUUCUUCAAAUUGCUGAAGGAUCUCUUUUCGAAGUAAAGUCUACAGCUGGCGAUACUCAUUUGGGUGGUGAAGAUUUUGACAGCAGAAUGGUCGAUCAUUUUACACAGGAAUUUGAGAGGAAAUUUAAAAAGAAUUUAAAAGAUAAUCCUAAAGCAUUACGAAGACUUCGAACAGCUUGUGAGAGAGCGAAAAGAACACUUUCAUCUAGUACAGAAGCAAGUUUGGAGAUAGACGCAUUGCAUGAAGGUAUUGAUUUCUAUUCAAAAAUUACAAGAGCACGUUUCGAAGAACUAUGUUCGGAUUUAUUUCGUCAAACUAUCGGUCCCGUUGAGAGAGCAUUGAAAGAUGCAGGAUUAAAUACGAGAGAAAUUCAUGAUGUUGUAAUGGUCGGUGGUUCAACACGCAUACCAAAGAUUCAGAGAUUAUUACAGGAAUUCUUCAAUGGUAAAACACUGAACCUAUCAAUCAAUCCAGACGAAGCAGUAGCCUACGGGGCUGCUGUUCAAGCAGCUAUUUUGAUGGGUUCAAAAGACACGCGCAUUCAAGAUGUCUUAUUGGUGGACGUUGCACCGCUCUCUCUCGGUAUUGAAACAGCUGGAGGCGUUAUGACACGAUUAGUUGAAAGAAAUACAAGGAUACCAACAGCUCAGAAAAAGAUUUUCACCACGUAUUCCGAUAACCAACCAGCUGUUACGAUCCAGGUGUAUGAAGGGGAGAGAGCUAUGACUAGAGACAACAAUUUAUUGGGAACCUUCAAUUUGUCAGGUAUACCACCAGCGCCGAGGGGAGUACCACAAAUAGAGGUAACCUUCGAUGUUGAUGCAAAUGGCAUUUUAAAUGUGAACGCUCAGGACAAAAGUACAGGAAGAUCUGAACAUAUUACAAUUUCCAAUGACAAGGGCCGACUGAGCAAAAGGGAUGUCGAGAAGAUGCUAAAUGAUGCUGAAAAAUUUAAAGCUGAAGACGAAGCUGUAAGGAAGAAGGUCGAAAUUAGAAAUCAAUUUGAAAGCUAUCUAUACGGAUGUAAAACGGCAGCUGAAAAUGAUAGUAGCAGGCUGACAGAAGGCGAAAGAAGUGCAGUCAUCACAGAAUGUACUGACCAGCUUCGGUGGCUCGAAGGAAAUCCUGAUGCUUCAAAAUCCGAACUAGAACAACGUCUGAAGGCAGCGCAAAGGACCUGUCAACCAGCUAUGAUGAAGCUGCAUGGAGCCAACAGAGGUGGGCCCAGUGGUUCUAGACCGGAGAGCUCUGGAGGGCCUAAAGUCGAAGAAGUUGAUUGAAGAAAAGAAAUACCAUUAACAAAGUUAUUACUCCUAUUCGUUCGUCACUGAAAUAGCACAAAAGCUAAUGUUGAUGAGCACGAAAUUAGCAGUGAAAAUUACUUUUAACAAAAAAUAAUUUAUUCGAAAUGUCACAUACCUAUGUAGCAAUUGUUUAAAAAAAAUGUUUUGAUGCACUUAAACUUUAUUAAUUAUGCAAUAAAAUUGUACUGUUAUUUUUCUCUUUA